UCUUUUCAUUGUUGAAUGAACCCGGGCGUCGGUUGUGCGUUGCAGUAGCCGGUCACACAAUCAACACACACAACGCAUUCACCAUAAAUCAUGUGUACAUGAAAUAAAAAUUUAAACAUACAAGUGAAGAUAUACAAGACAACAAAUCGUGGAAUGGAACAAUCGCAAGUGAGAAAUUCAGCACGAAUCUCCCUCAUCGCUCACGACGAAUGCAACAACGGAGGGGAACAUUCAAGAGAACACGAAAUGUUACCUCAACUAAAAUACAUCCACACACAUAUUCAACAGCGUGAAUAACGUGCACUAUGUUCCGGUGGUGAUAGCACUCGCAGUCGCAUCGCAUUUGCGGCACCUCCCGGCCCCGAUGGUAGUAGGAUGGUAGGAUUUGAAUAUCACCGGACUCUCUCGUCUAGGAAAGCACGCGCCGCGAGCUCGAAUGCGAUAGUUGUGUAAGAGCACGCGGUGCGGUGUGUCGUGCCGGCGCGGAUCGGGUGCCGAAGGUCGCGAUUUUUACUAUUGUGCCGAUGCGCACGUUGCUCAACCACCGGCCGACAUCGCGACUUAACUUAACUGUUAAGUCAGGACAGAAACAUUGGAAUUCUGCGGGCGGUGCGAAAAUGUCAACAAUGGGGACAAGUUAAAAGUCUUUAAUAUUAAUAUUUGUGUGCGUUUACAAAGUGUUUUGUGGUGUAGUGGAUCGAACAUUUGUGGAUUAUAAUAAAUACAAUCAUGGCUUCCCACACGUCAGCACGUCCUUUGACUUGUCAAAAUGGCGCCUACGGAAGACUCCAACUCGGAGACGGCCGAUGAUUCGCUAUCACCAGCUGCAGAAAAGAGAAAUUCUCUAAACAACAAAUUCCGUGCGCAGUAUCAUAAGUUACAUCGAUCGAAAAGUCUGACUGGUAAUGUGGAGAGUUUGAGAAGCCGUUUUGAAGAAGUACAAGUAGAACCCGAAGAGAAACAAGGACCAAAACCUAAAAUUUCACUUGUGAAUAAAGCAGACUUCAAAGUUGAAGUGAAAUCAGAAGUUGAGGAGGAUAAGUCAAUUCCCAUACCUAAAAAGCGACUGAGUAAAGUACCAGUUGCAGUUCCAGUGCCAGAAAAUAAACAGGUUGAAGAGAAACCCAAGGAACCUUUAAAGAAGUCUGUUUCCAUUGAAGUGGAUACAGUCAAAGAAGAAAAGAAAGAAAAACGAGUAUCAUUUUCGUUUGAGUCUAAGAAUGAUUCACCGCCAGUGCCUAAACCUAGGGUGUCGUUACCAAUCACACAGGUGAUAGUCGAGACAACAGUCAUUGAACCGGAGAAAGUCUCCCAAGUGGAAACUGUGAUAAUCAACGAACCGCCGACGCCAAUUAAUUUGGAUCAGAUUGAUUUCGCUGCACCCGAGGACAGGCAUCUUGUAACUCGAUACGACGAUUUCGAAGUUGGAUCAGUGGAGAACAUUAAAAGGGCUCUUGACGUUUUCACAAUGGAACCGAAAAAGAAACGCAGUCCGAGUUUCCGCUCCAAGUUGAUGACUAUCUUCAGUAAGGAUAAAGACAAGAAACCGAAGGAUAAAGAAGACACGAAGAAAACGAAAAAGACUGAAAAUGCUGUGUUUGCUGAUAAUGCGCAGAAUGAGAAUUUUAAUAGACAUUCCACUCAAAGGCAUACCAUUGAUACACCUAGAAGAGAUCCCAAAUCUUUACCAGCUAAUCAUCAACAGAGUUUUCAUGAUGCAAUGCAUCCGGAUCAGAGGAUGGAUUUGGAGCAUCGAUAUGCAGCGAUGCAUAUUCAGAAUUUCCAACAGGCUAGGAAUAGUUUUGAAGCACAUCAGAAUCAACAACAGUUGAUGAGGAAACUUCCACCAGAUCAUGGUGUUUAUAACCCUAGUGAAGAUUAUGUGUGUAUGGAUAAUAAAAACGACUCGAAGAAUUAUAUCAAUGUUCCUAAGUAUGAUAGUUCGUCAACUAAUACGAUAGAGAGUGAGAAUUCGACGACUUCUGUUAAUCCUCUGCAACAACUUCAACAGGAGCGUUUGGCAAUCAGAUCCAAGUUUUUCAACGAAACUGGAACUCCUCCUAGAGCACAGGAGACCAAUCAGAAUGUUCAACUUAUUCAUCCCAAGGCUGCUAUUCCGAUUAAUUCUGAAAGACCUUUGCCGAAUCCUUUCCAACAGUCGCAACCUAGCCCACAGCAGAGGAAUGAAAGUCCUUAUCAAUUACAGCAACAACCACAGCGUUUGCAAGAUGAGAAUGACUUGGCUGAUAGUGGUUAUGGUACAGUUUAUGACAGAAACUCACGACCUAUGAGUGCUGGUUCUAGUGACAUUAGUGCUGGAUCUAUGAACGGCCCACGAAGUCCCAGUGUAGAAAGAACCAAGUUGAGGUUACCACAGAAUCGAGAGAAAGUUGAAUUGCAGCCGAGGCUUAGAAGUCCUAUACCUCCGAGUGAGGUCAGUACUGAUAAGUUGAUUGCUACUGAAUUAUUGAAGACGAAUAAGAAGAAUGAUAAAAAGGAUAGGUCUAGCCCAAGUCAUCAAAAGUUACAACUUGAAAUUGAUUAUCCUGAGCUGCACGAAACAAUUUGUGAUGUGGUUGAUCAAACUUCUACAAAUCAGAAUCAAAACGAGUUGUCUAUUACUUCGUUUAAUAAAAAUGAUGUUUCUUCAAGUUCAUUUAACGUCACAGACAAUAAUACUAAUGGUAAUAUGACUGAUAAUGAAAUAUCCCGGAGUACUUUAUUGGAAGCAGGGGAUUGGCACCGGGUGCAAAGAGAUUUGGCCAGUUCACCUUCAUUGAAGAAUGUGCAAAUCACUACUAAUGCUUUGGUGCAUGUUGAUUCACCUCACAGGGCUAAUACACCAAGUCAAGAUGGUCGCUCGCGAUCAAUAACACCUAAUAUGAUGGUGCGACGUAAUUCAAACACCUCUUUACAGAGGAGUCCACCAAAACAAGAAAUACGUCAGAAUGUAGAAGCUUUCUGUUGGAAGGAGUUGAAGAAAUUAAAAGAGCAAGAGGAACAACAAAUGCAAAGGUUGGUUGGACCAAUGAUCAGUUCCUGUGGAUACGCUGAAGAUCCUAUUAGAAGAUCUAGAAGCAUGGCUGUUACUCCAAGGGAUACCAGACGCAGUAGUAGUUUACCCAGGGAGAUUCGUCAGAGAAGAGUUGAUGAUAUCGAACUGAAUGCUCGAAGAAUGGCGCAGCAACAGAGGUUUAAUACUGGUCCCCAAAGAGGAGGUGAUGGACAGACUAGACCUAUUUUUAAUCGUGGUAGUCUCACCCAGCAAAAUGCUAUCGAUCAACCUAUUUAUAGCAAAAAGGUUAGCUUCAGAAGUCACAAUACGCAGAAUAAUACAGCGUGGCCUACCAAGAAUGGUUUCACGCAGAGUCCUCCACAAAGACGCUUGGAUGCUGAUUCUAAUGGGGUUACGGGAAGGGAAAGUUUGGAGGAUGAUGUGUUUCUGCCGCCGGAAGGUGGGCCUCCAUCAAGGGAUGAAAUAUUUUUGUUGAAUCAACAGAGGCAGAAAGAAUUAUUACUUGCAAAGGCACAAAGAAGUAAUGCGCCUGUAUCUACUAUUGAUAGUGGUACUGCAUCGGUUGUGGACUCUGCGAGUGUUAUCAGUGAAGUACCUCCGAUGAGGACUAUCAGGGAACCAAUUUAUGCAGCUCGACCUCCCAUGCAAAGUCAAAUUCCUAAUAAAGUUAUGAAUGAAAACAUUUAUGGUUCAAGGGGUCCACAUAAUGAACCAAUCUAUGGUUCUAGAAAUGGUGGUAUGCCUCGAAUUAACGAAGGUGCUUACAAUGGCAACAUGGUUCGGAAUGAAGAGCCCUAUGGGACAAGACAAGCGAAUGAAAGCAUUUAUGGUUCUCGUCCUAGUCACAAUGAGCCUAUAUACACUUCAAGGCCAGCACCUCCUCCAAGUCGUAGUAUGACUGAAAGCCCUUAUGGGUCUAGAAUGUAUCCCAAUGGUAUGCCCCAAAGAGAUGAGUCUAUCUAUGGUUCAAAGUCAUCCAACAUGGUACCUGAGAGUGUUUACGGUACUAGAGGUUCUGUGCAAAGGGAACCCAUUUAUGGGUCAAGACAGAUCCAGCCUCCAAGAAUGGAGAGUCCCUAUGGUACUAUGCAGAAUGGUCAGAGAUAUCUGCCUGGAUAUCCACCACCAGGUCAUCAAGAACCCGUGUAUGGUUCUAGGCCUCAUCUUCAAGCUCACCCUCAUUUUCACCCUCAAAAUACAGAAGAAAUAUAUGGUUAUCGUAGGGGCAGUGGGUCAGUUAGAUCAGAAUCACCUUAUGGUGCAAGACCACCCAUUCCAAACCAACAAUAUUACAACAGACCACGGCUGAGUCCUUCCAGUAUAGGACCACCGUUACCCCAGGUGGUCCAGGAAGAGGUACCAUGUUACCAGUUAAAACGUAGUAAUUCCCUACGUCAACCUGUAAGCCCCGAGUCUUUGUACGGUGGUCGUCCGAAUUUCAACAAACCACCUUCGGGUGUACAAUACCGUCAACGUCAAAUUGACCUAUCACCUCCUGGUCAGAGGUAUGAUCUUCCACCAGGUGAUUCACUUCCAAGGCAACAGGAACCAAUUUAUGGCACCAGGAAAAUAAACACUGUUAAUAAUAAAGUUUGCGAUAUUUAUGGGAAUAUCUAUGAUGCAAACAAACAGACUCCUUUAUCACCACCACCCUUACAAAAAGCGGGUGUGUUGUAUGGUCAACUCCAACGCAAUUCAAACGCACAACCAGUGGCGUAUCAAAGCCACCAACAACUACAACCGAACAAUAAUUUCCAACGUGGUACACGUCUCACUGCUAGUGUGAACGAUAUGCAUCGAUAUAACUCCAAUGGUAAUAUGGGACAGAUUACACAAAGGACCGAACCUCCUUCGCGUCCUUUACCCCCAAUACCAGAUGAACAACAGAAAAAAUCACGAUUUGGUUUCGGACGCAAGAACAAGAACGAGAGCGGCAAGGAAGAAGAAUGGAAUUCAGACGGAAAACGAGGCGGAUUGUCCGGCAGCGAGUCUGGUGGAAGAAGCGACACCGAUGGCGACUUGAGAUCGCGAAGCCGCAACAAUCGCCGAGACGAUCCACGCCGUCACACGCUCGCCGGCGAGCAGUACGGCACCAUGUCCGGCCAGGGAGGACCUCUUUCACGCACCAUGGAUUUGGAGCACAUGAGCUCGUCGAGACUUCGCAAGGUAAAACCACCAACAGACCAUGCAACAUGUUUUUAUUCUUGAAUUUUUACCACUACA